AUGGUCGUCCCGAAGCAUGAGCUUGAAGCCGCUCUCCACGAGGAGAACAAGGCCAUCCGCGCCGGGCAGCUGAAGGAGGACAAUCCCCUCGAUACGAGCGACGACUUCCGUCGGCUGUGCGAUGCCUGUCGCCGCGGAGACCUGAAGCUCUGCCAGGAGCAGCUUUCCAAGGGUGUAAACAUCAAUGCCAGAGACCAGUUCGACUACACGCCUCUGAUUCUAGCUAGUCUAUGCGGCCACUACGAAGUCGUGCAGCAUCUUCUUGAAUCCGGCGCCCUUUGCGAACGCGAUACAUUCCAAGGCGAGAGAUGCCUGUACAACGCCUUAAACGACCGCAUUCGUAACCUUCUUCUUUCCUACGACUACUCCAAGUCUACCGACCCGCUCCAGCCGUUUGCCGCCCACCUCGCCUCUCUUCUCACGAGAGAAUCGCCGAAUACCUCGGAUAUUACAGUCGUCACCGCCGACAGGGCAUUGCCUUUACACAAGUUUAUUCUCGCGGCGAGAUCCCCGUACUUUGCGAAAAAGCUUGCCGACGCUCCCGAAACGAAAACAACAAACUUCACGUCAGAGAAAAUUGCUCCACAGUCUCUGGAAUCAGUCAUUCGAUACCUAUAUUUUGCAGAUAUUAAUGCGGAUUUCGGGGAUGGGGAGGAAGAACAAAUCAUCUUGACGGGCAUCGACAAGCUGGGCAAGAAGCUCCAAAUCGAGCAUCUUUUCCAACAAGUUCUUGAGAGCAACGACCGCCGGUUAGCUCGCCAGCGGCGGCAGGAUGAGGUCCACAGAGGGAGGGAUCAAAUGGAAAGUUGGUUCAAAGACCAUGUGCUGAAACACAAGAUCGUCCUUGAUACUGCAAAGGCGGAUAGCGUAAAGUGGGAUCGAGAUAACCGCAUAUUCGCGGACGUCCUUCUACGCGCUGACGAAGACUACGAGGAUGAGGAGGACGACGUUACCCCAACUCCCUCUACUCCAGACUCCGACGCACCUAGAGUUCGCAACACUCUCGGCCCUCUCAAUGGCAUCCCAAUCGGUCCAAUUGCGCGGUCGCGCUCUCCCUCACGACAGCGAAACCCACGCAAGUCCGUGCUCUACCCGGUCCACCGCGCGAUGCUCAUCCGAUCCGAGUUCUUCCAAACCAUGUUCAGCUCAGGCUUCCGGGAAGCGCAGGAGACGCCGUACCUCCAAGUCAUCCCGAUCGACUGCUCGCCGCGGGUACUCGAGAUCGUGCUGAAGUUCCUCUACACCGAGCGCGCCGACUUCCCUCUGGACGUCGCCAUCGACGUCCUCUUCACCGCCGACCUGCUCUGGCUCGAGAAGCUCAAGGUGCGCGCCGCACAGAUUAUCAGCACCCUCGGCAACGGCAACACGUCCAUCGUCGAGUCGGAGAACCCGCGCGGCGAGACGGCCGACGAAGAAGAGGAGCCCCUCGACAUCUACGACGUCAUCCGCGCCGGCUGGGACACGCGCGUGCAGCGCCUCGAGGAGUUCGGCGCCCGCUACAUCGCCCACCGCCUCGAGCGCUACAUCGAUGACCCGGAGUUCGCCGAGCUCGUCCGCGAGAGCGCCAACCGCGUCAAGGCCAGACAGGAGACCGACACCGUCGAGCUUAUCGACGACAUCCGCUACUACCUCUCAGAGCGCUUCCGCCUGCGCUUCGAGGACUCCGGCCUCGAGGAGAUGAUGGACGAAGAGGGCGAACUGGAUCCAGAGGCCGUUGCCGCUGCUGCUGCGCAGAACGCCAAGGAUGGAGUCUCGAAGGGGCCGGAUGAUGCGGCGGCACCGACGAAAGAGAUGGGUGGCCUCAAGCUGUCUUCUGAUGCUUCCGUCAUCAGGACGCUCGAUGGUGAGAUUGCUGGAGACGAGUUCGCUCAGGACGCCAUCAACUACCAGAUUUUGCUCGGCAAGAUCGACAGGCUAUUGGACAGCCUCAAGUUGGAUGCUUGA